GGAUGUUAUUCUAUUGGAGGAUAUCUCGUAGGAGGGCAAGCCAUAGGAGGGUGUACCAUAGGAGGGUGUCUCGUAGGAGGGCAGGAGGGUAAGCCAUAGGAGGUUAACCCACUGGAGCGCUGCCCCAUAGGAAUUGGGGCAGGUACCUACCUGGGUCCCAAGUACCCUGCCGCCGCGUGCCGGACACCCUAGUGAAGCUUGUCCAGAAUGACUCCCGAUAUCUUGAGAAAGCGAUGCUCGCGCGAGGUUAGGUGAACACCAUGAGUUGUAAAAUUUCUGUAUUUGCCUGAUUCUUAGCUCGGUGACUGGGGGCAUGUGACAAACUCAUUUUCCACACAUUCUGGGCCGAACCACCGGCCGCAGCCUUACCGUCGAGCGCUAUUUUGGACGAGCGUACAGAACCUUCAACACUGUACGAAGGGUCUGUUAAAGAUUACUGCUAGGAUGGGUUCUCAAGCCGCACAAGGCGGGCCAUCUCUCGGGCAAAUAGAACAUCCUCUCAAAUUAUUCGAUGUGACCAAGAAACAGGGCAGGCUGCUCUAUGCCUGCGCACCUAUGGUGAGGUACAGCAAGCUCGCCUUCAGGCAAACAGUCCACGCCUAUGACACGGAUCUAUGCUGGACCCCCAUGAUCUUAGCGAAGGAGUUCAACCGCAGUUUCAUAGCUCGGGAUAGCGACUUCACCAUAUCGACAACAGGGCCAACGGUCCCAACGAUAGUCCAAUUCGGCGCCAAUUCACCGCUGGAGAUAUCUCGAGCCGCCUCGCUGGUCGUCCCCUAUGUGAACGGUGUCGACAUCAACUGCGGCUGCCCUCAGUCGUGGGCCUGCGCAGAGACCCUCGGCGCCGCCCUGAUGGAGCAGCGUGAGCUAGUGAGAGAUAUGGUGGUCGAGACGCGGCAGAAAUUAAGAGACGAAGGCUGGGCCGUUGGCAAGGAGAAAGACAUCGACAACCCAAAGGGCAGGAGUGUGAGCGUCAAGAUAAGAGUACACAAGGAUCUCAGGAAAACCAUGGACUUCAUAGAAACAGUCAUAGGCAACCCCCAAGACCGCAACAUUGACUUCCUCACCAUCCACCCGCGCACCCGCAGCACACCGUCCACGACGCCCAUCAACCUCGAGGCCCUGGAGAUCCUCACCAACAAGUACGGCGGCCAGCUCCCCAUCCUCGUGUCGGGCGACGUCUUCUCCAUGGGCUCGCUGCCGUACGCGUCGCCCCUCCCGGGUGCCGAGGGCAGUACGAAGCCACACCUGCCCAAGCUGGCAGGCCUGAUGUCCGCUCGGGCCCUUCUCGCGAACCCGGCGCUGUUUGCGGGUUACGAGGCCUGCCCCUGGGAGGCGGUCGAGCUGUUCAUGAACAAGGUCGUGAGGGCGCCGCUGCCGCUGAAGUUGGUCCAGCACCAUCUCGGUGAGAUGUGCGGGCCGGGCUACGGCCCCGACAAGAGUUCGUUGCUCAACAAGAAGGAGAGGGUGGAGAUGUACAACUGCGCAAAUAUGUUUGAGCUAAUCGACUUCCUCGACGAAAAGAUGGAGACCAGAUGCGGAAAGGCGGGCUUGAGGAGGGACAAGUCACCAUGUGGGUAGGUAGGCAAGUAGCAAGAAUCCAAAGUCUCAAAA